AGUCCUGCUCACCUGCUAUCAACCAAAUGUGUCCUAGCUGAGAGGGCAGCAAAAUUGCAAAAGGAAUAUCAAGUUUCAAACUUGUCUCCAUCCCAGAGUUCCAAUUUUUUAACUGAUAUUUCCGACCAGCCCAUUAUCAGCAAGAUAAUUAGCCUGGGCUGGGUAUCAGGUGGGGGGCAUCCAGCCUCUAGCACUUGCAAUGCUGGAUAUUUGCCACGUGCAGUUGUAGGUGUACCACGUACCAUCAAGGUGGUAGCCCAUGACAAUCAGGGAAAAGCACUUGGUAAAGGAGGAGAUGAGGUGGCAGCUAAGCUUGUUCAAACAGGCUCCCAAGGUCCCCCUAUCACCAGUGAGACUAUUAACCAUGGGGACGGCACCUACUCUGUGUCCAUCACCCCAGAGGCAGUCGGGGAGCAUGAGUUGCAUGUGACUCUUGAUGGCCUCCAUGUAAAUGGCAGUCCCUUUAAGUACAGCAUAACAAAUCCCAGAGCACCUGCCUAUACUGCAUUGUCUACUCAGUAUAUCGGCAUUAGCACUAGCUAUCCCUACGAUGUGGCACUAACAGAGGAGGGAUAUCUUGCAGUAGCAGAAUAUGGCUGUCACACUGUCUCCUUGUACUCUGCGACAGGUCAGAAGAUUCACACCUUUGGCAAAGCAAACAGUUAUGGGAGUGGAGAUGGACAGUUCUAUCAUCCAUCUGGUAUAGCCAUCCGAGGUGACCUAAUGUAUGUCUGUGAACAGACCAACAAAAGAGUCCAGAAGUUUAGUGUUAAAGAGAGAGCUUUUAUUUCCAAAUUUGGCACAAGUGGAGAAGGUAACAAUCAGCUUUCAAAUCCUCUCGGUAUCUGCAUUGAUCCUGAGGGAAAGGUGUUCAUAGCUGACUAUGGAAACAUUCGUAUCCAAGUGUUCAAUAAAGAUGAUAGUUUUGCCUAUUCCAUUCCCUGCCAGGGCAACCCCUGGGGACUAGCUUUUGGUCUUCAAGGACAUCUUCAUGUUGCUGCAAGUACCUUAAACUGCAUCCAUGUCUUCACACCAGAUGGAACUCUAGUCACUAGCUAUGGUAGUGGGACUAUCUACCAACCUGCAGGCAUUGCCAUUGAUGCUGAAGGCUACAUUGCCAUCAGUGAGAUUGGUGGAAACAAUCGUCUCUGGAUCUAUAAUCCCGACCACACACUUGUACACACAUUGUAUAACCAGUUUAAGAGCGGUGGUUUCGGAAUUGCUUGUGACAAUAACAACUCUUUUUGGGUGACUGACUUCGGCAACAACCGCUUGGUCAAAUACUGAUGGAAAACUCUGACACAGAAACACACAAACUUGUAUAGCAAGCACACCAACAUGUUGGGACCAAAUUUACAGAAUACCAGUACACUACUUAGCUAUGCCAGUAAUAAUACUUUGAUAAACGAUAAACCUAACGCUGACUAUAUAUGUAUUAUGUACACAACAUAUUAAGCAAUUUUCAUUUUGAAGUCAGAGCAGUGUACAACAGAGAAUGACAAAAAUAUAUCUCGAAAGUAUACAUCAA